AUGACUUUCACCAGGCUGCUGCACACCCUGGCUCUGGUCCUGAUGCAAGGGGAGUUUCCAGGAGCUGCCACUCAAACCAUGACUCGGAAAGAAGGAGAAGACUUAACCCUUCACUGCACCUUCAGCAGUGACAACACUUCUGCUCUGCAGUGGCUAAACCCUCAUGGUUUCACCAUUUUUCUCAACACCCAACAGGGUAAGUGUGAAACCCAUUUUCCAUGGGGGGCUAGAGACCAGAGGUACAAACUGAUCCAUUAUUCCAAGGAUGAACUAUCCAUCCAGCUGUCCAACCUCACAGUGCACGACGAAGGCCAAUACAAAUGCUUCCAAUACAGCAAACAGUUCAAAAGCAAGACCCAGACUGUUCAGAUAUUUGCUGCUCCUUCUAAUCCAGUCCUGAAAGUAUCCCAAGACACCCAAAGAGGCAUUACACUGUCUUGCUACACCCAAGGAUGCAGACCCCAGCCCCACAUCACCUGGCUGUUGGACAAUGGGAUAGAGCUCCCAGGUGACACCAGGCACAAGUUAGAAGCUGAUGGGAAGAAAUGGAGCACAACCAGCACACUGACAGUCCUUGCCUACAGACCCAAGGCCACAGCCAGCUGCAUCAUUCACCACCCAGCACUGAGAGAAGAGAAGUUGGUGGCAUCUUUCCAGUUUGAGGACCUCCCCAGCACAGGUACUUCAGGCUCCUCCAGCACUAGUAAUACUGCUCUCCUUUCCAUUCCUCCAGGGACUGAACCAGCAUUCCCUGGCAAUGCCACAGAAGAGGAACUUCCCAGCACAGAAACCUCACAACCACAGGGAAAUGUGACUGUGAUUUCCAUUGAGCAAGAUCCCAAAUCCAAAGGCAUCAUAAAGAAGGAGAAGAAUCUCUUGCUGCCAAUGCUUGUGGCUGCUCUGAUCCUUGUGCUGCUCAUCAUUAUCCUGCUGUUCAUGAGGAAGCUGAAGAAAGCUCAUGGAGUGUGGAAGAGAGAAAAUGAUGCCUCAGAGCAGACACUGGAGAGCUAUAAAUCCAAAUCUAAUGAAGACAAUGCAGGCCAGGAAAAGAAUGGACAUGUUGCCAAUCACAAGUCCAACCUGCAAUAUGUAACAGAAAGAUAUGUGGAAACCACCCAGAAGAAUCCAAGUGACAAAAGCAUUGCAGCAAGUGAGAAAGUGUUUGGCUGUGGGAAGGAAACUGAUGUAUAG